AUGGGAUCCUCUCGGAAACACAGCGAGUAGACAGGUCGUCUUAACUAAUAUCGGAACUGAGACUUCGAGCGUUUUGUGAUCAACAUUCCUCUGUAGUUUUAUCGCUAGAGUUCCACUUGUUUUAGAUUUCUCUUGGAGGGGUUAUUGAGCAGCGAGUUUAGUUCUCAAAGAGUGGCGUGGUUAACAUUUUGAUAUUGGGUACAAUCGUAAAUUUCGUUCCAAUACAAUUGAGCUUCGCCUUCGAAUCUCCUGGUUUUAACGUUCACCUCAAUAUGCCUUCGUCAGCUUUUCCUCCACAAAUUACCAAGCACUACGAACUGAGGCAAACCAUUGGAAGUGGUAGGUGGCUGAGUUAUAAGAUUUUAAAUUAAUUGAAGGAAUUAAGUUUGUAAUUUGCAAAUUUGGAAUUCGGUAAAUAUCCGUCGACAUUCAUGCAGCCGGUCUCAGUUGAGGGUCCAAGAACCAAAUUACGUUCGAAUGCAUUGUGUUCUUCACGGCUAAUAAAUUCGAAGGAAACAGUUUCCAUCGAUCUUUUAUUCCUCGGAUCGUGAAUUUAAAUAUAAGCUUUAUCAGUUUAUGCUUUAACGCUUUCUUACGAACGAUCUGAACUGUGCAUGUAUUGCUCAUUUUGAUUUUUUGCAUAUUUUUCACGAAGGUCGGUAUAUACUUCACAAAUAUUAAUCUAUCAAGAAUUAUCUUGUCUAGUUUGGCAGUUUUUAUUUAUUAUUAGGAAUCGAGGAAGCUAUUGCUUUAACUGCUGUUUCGGCUUUGGCUGUUAGAAAACCUAACUUUCUUACGGAACGUGGGCGACUAACAUUUGUCCUCGAAAACCAAUAUGCGAGGUUGAAAUUUCGCAGUUUGACAGGAGUCAUUUAAUCGAGUGAAAUAAUAAACUUAUCUGAGAAUGUACUUAAAACUAUUUGCCUUUUGUAAGAUUUGAAAAACAAGUCUUCUCUGAAUACAGCUCGAUUUCUUUUUUCACCUUUUGGUAAGCUUAUAUUCACAUGUAUGUCACGAAGAGCUUGUUAAUUGUGGUCAGUUACGUGCGUGGCAUAAGCGUCGGGUCAAUUUUGGUUUAACGACGCAUGGAAAUGCGUUGGAUAUGAGGUUUCUAAAUAAAAUACAAUACCAUUUGUUCGAACGUUAUCAGACUACUUUUUUUUUAAUCAGAUCUGACUCAGCGCUGUCUAUCCUGUAGCAGAUAAAAGAACUCGUUUGCUUCCAAUUGUACACACUUUUGUUUAGACUAAAGACAAGCACGUUUUAAAAUGAAAAUUCCGUAUAUGCACACUGUCAAUACUUCCGUAAUUUGCAAAUGAGUUCGAAGUCCUACAAGCGAUAAAUCUGUAUGAGUUACUCCACUGUCGCAAAAUCUAGCAAAUAGUCGUUCACUUAACCAUAAUAUUUCUGGAUUCAGAAAUUAUGGUUUCAGAAAUCAAUGUCGUCUGCUUGAAUUUAAAUUAUAAAUCUGCCAAUACUAUGUGGUAGUGAACACAUUGUUAAAUCAGAAUGAUGUUGUGUCGGGUAAUUGAAAAAAUUAGCAUGUAUUAACAUAAAUUUUUCCAUGCAGCUGCAUGACACCUUUACUUUUGUUCUGAAACAAGAUUAUAUUUUUCAUUCACCUUCCUUUUGUUUCUUUAUCUAAGAUAACAAUCUAACACAGAGCAAAAAAGACAAACAUUCAAUUUAAUUUGUUUUACUCUUAAGUAUGUAUGAAGCCAAAACAGAAUCUACAGGAUUCAGUCGCUGAUAACGUAAAUGUAAAUAAUACACGAUAAUGUACUUUUAAGGUGUCUAAUCAACUGACUUUGAAAAAUAAUCCUUGGAGCAUUUAUCAAAAGCCUUUGUUACAAGAAAUUUGCUUGUUUAUAAGUGAGACUUUCCCUUUUGAGAGAUUUGUUUGAUUGAGUUGUUAUCACAAGGUUUUGCAGUUUUAAUACCAACCUUGUGAUACAUUUGUUAAAUAACAUGAAAAGAGUUUUGAAAUAGCAAGGAAGAGUGAUAAUAUGUUUGUGAAUGCUUUUUUUUUCAUCAAGGAAGAUUGCAGUUAUACAAGGGAUUAUUUCAAACAAUGCUCACUUAGGAUUUAAUUUUUGCUGCCUCAAUAUUCCCUAUCAUGUUUUUCAACUUUUAAAUCGCAUUUAAAUAAUCAGUUAGAGACCAUGGUUCAACAUUUUCUUGUCUUUAAAUGGGAUGAAAAGUUCUUUGUCUAUUUUUAUUCAUUUCAGGUGGGUUUGCAAAGGUCAAGCUUGCAAUUCACCAGCAAACGGGAGAGAAGGUAUGAAACAAACGUCUCCUUUAAAAGCAAGGUGGUUUUUGUUUCCCAGGUUUCUUUGUUAGUAUAAAGAGAAUGAACAGUGACCUUCUCAGGGUUUUUCAUUUGGAAAUGUAAUAGAUGUAUGGUUUAAACUUGGUUGAAUUGGAUUAUGCUGGUAAACAAAUGUCACAAGCAUGGCCCUGUGUUGCUCUCUGAAAGCGGAUUUCCGACAUUCUGGGACAUACUUGACUAACUAUUCUUAGCGAGACCUUGACUGAAGAAUCAGUUUUGAAAAAUACUCAUUUUCUGCCUUUGAUCACAAAGUUACUGGUGAUCUAUUUGAUGAUAACCCUCAUCUCACAAUGCAGCCAACAACCUUAAUAUGUACCUCCAGUUGCAGUACUAUUUCAGCACUCCUGUCAUGUGAGCUACAAAGCCACAUGUUAAGAGCAAAACAAAUUUAUAUGGCUUCUUUUUUCCCCAUAGAGGAGUCUGAUCAGUUAUAGGGCUCCUUUCAUGAGCACAUUUGCCAGUGAAAACAUACUAGACAGUGUCAAUGCAGUAUAAGGAUUGUAGUAACAGUUGAAGUAUAAUGAACAGGUUUUUUAAAAGUUAUAAAAUAAUUUGAGAUAAUUGCAGGGUUUUUAUUAGAAGCCAGGUCCUGGGCACCCAUCUCCUUUGAACAAAGUACUUGGCUACUUAAAGUACGAAAUUUUUUAAAAAAUCGUCAAGAAAAAAUUAUCAACCUUAAUAAAUAUUAACUCUUCCCAGGAUGAUUGAAACCAUUUUUCAGCACAAAUUUACCAAUAACUUGCCAUCAGAUCAUGGAAAUAAAAUUUACUUUGACGAGAAGGCUCUGCGCGAUAAUCACAUUCUUCCUGAAGUGCUUGAUUACAGUAGCUAUUAAAUAACUCGUUUUUUUGGCUUUCAAAGCUAAAAUAUUCUGAGCAAGUGAAAGAAACUUGAAAAACUUUUUUCCAAUUUAAUUUUCUUUCAAGAUUAAACCAAGAAAUGCAUUCAAGAACAUAUCAAAAAUUUCAAAUGUGAAAAUCUACUUCAGCCUGUACUGACGCUGAAAAUUUGCCAGUUACACCCUUUAUCAGUUUACAAGUUUAUGUUAGCUUGUUAUUGUGAGAAAAUGGGAGGCUCUGACAACAACAGUAGUGUUUUGAUUUAGCUAUAGCUGUAUAGUGAAAUAAAAAAAAUUCUCCUAGAGUAUCAUUCUUUUUUACUAUAAUUAGAAUAAGUAUGCGUCAUAGCAAGAUUUCUUUUCCAAAUUGUAGGAAAAUACAGUUCUGGGAGACUUGCAUUUUAAAAAUUUCCCAAGGGAGCUUGAGCGGUUUGGGCCUUCAGCUCUCAAUUUUACAGGGUACCCGCCUAUUCACAAGGCAGUGCCCUUCUACUUCAAAAGUUAAUGAAAACCCUGUAAUUGUAUUGUUCAAGGACUCAAAGCAUGUAUUGUAAACACAACCCUGCUAAAUAUCCAGGGCUAGUUCAGUCAGAAUCCAUUUAACACCAUGGUUAAUCUGACCACACCUAAAAUUACACACAGCUGUCAUGCUGGUUUAAAUGUGAAUUAGCCUGGUUGAACUUUGAAGAGCUCCCUUUCCCCUUCCCCUCCUUUUUUUUAAGUUUUAUUUAUGAGCAAAGUAAAUGUUUGUACUCUUUACGUGUAUGUACAUCUGUCCAUACAUGUAUUUAACACUGUGAUUACCCUUGAGAUAGACAAACCAGUUGAAUACACUGUAUCUAUGAUGAAGUGUAUACAUCUUAAGUGUAUGAACCUGAAUUUGACUUGGCUUGGCUGCGUUAGUGUAGUUUGCUACCAAAUGUUUAGUGUUCCACAGAAGGACUGGAUCUCUCACAAUAAAUACAUAGUUUGUAUUUUUAUCCAGUCAAGUUCAUUUACUUAUUAAUAAUUAUUUUUAGGUUUUUUGGGGGUCCUUUUACCAGAGUUUUUUUUUGGAAAUGAGACAAUAUUUGUUUGGUUAGUGCCCAUUACUGAAACAAAUGUAUUACUGUUAAAAGUGUUUCUCAUCAUUAAGUUAAAGUAUUGUCAUUCUUACACCAGGUUGCAAUAAAAGUUAUGAACAAGAAAGAACUUGGUGUAAGUACAAUUAUAUAAUUUUCUAUCCAUUGAAGGUCACUUCUGAUCAUAUUUUAACACCUUUAUGUAUAACUGAGUCUCCAGAAGGAGUAACAGUACAUGUUUCUCUCUGAACAUCAUAUUUCUUGUAGCUUUCAAAAGUAAGCAAAGGAAAACAGUCCUAGAUAUACUCCUUUCUAGUGUAUCUGUAGAAUAUCAGGCUUGCCUUUUUGUCCAUUAUUUAAUUUUUUUUUGUCCAGUCUUCUUGUUGUUGUUGUUGUUGUUGUUAUUGUUGUUGUUGUUGUUGUUGUUAAUUAUUAUUAUUAUUAUUAUUUGUGUAAUAAUACAAUGUAGGAGUAGCAAUAAUAGCAAUAGUCCUAAGCUAUAGUGUGCUUUGCUCUACUCACAGCAGUGUAAGUCACUGUGGGUCAAAUGGGCCAAGUUCUUAAUUAUAAUUAAUAGACCAUUUUUUCUUACUGUAUUAUUUAGUCUGACCUGCCAAGAGUCCAACGUGAAAUAGAGGCUCUAAAGAACCUUAGUCAUCAACAUGUGUGUCAGCUUUAUCAUGUCAUCCAGACAGAUGAAUACAUAUUCAUGGUCAUGGAAGUAUGUUCCUCUUAACUACAUGUAUUUUUGAUAUUAAAUAUAUAACAAUAAUGUUACUUCUCAUAUCCUUAUCCAGUCUGUGUUAAUUGCUGUGAUGGCACAUAAUUCAGAGGUUGAAUUGAAGGAAUCCUAUUUAUGGUGUCAAAUUACAUGCCUUGAGUUUUAAAACAAACUAAAUGACUGAAAAUCAUUGAAGAACACUUUUUCCCAGUCUGCAUCUGGGAACAUGUGUAGCUAGUGGAAAUUUGUUGGUACAGGAUAAUUUUUGAGGAAAUGUGCUUGGAUAAUUAUGAAGUUGGUAUUUAGGAGAGUUGAUUCUGCUUUUGAAAAUGUCCUCUGAUUAACUGAUUGUCUGAAUUUCAUUAUUUCAGUAUGCCCCAGGUGGAGAAUUGUUCGACUACAUCGUAGCAAAGGAUAGGCUCAAGGUAGAAUAUAAGUUAGACUGUAUUACCAUGUUUUAUUGUUAAGAUUUUCUAUUCUAUGUACUCAAAUAUGAGCAAAAAUGCUCAUAUUUUCUGUACUCAUCUCAGGGUUUGAGCCAGGCUAUGCCAUUGCGCCUAUCCUGCACUGCAAUUGAAAUUGUCCCUUAAAAAAAACGGCCAAGGGGACAGUUUGUCCCCUUCAAAACUUAGGGAAAACUUGAAAGGAAGCUCACACAAAGAGUUUUACUUCAGUACAGAAAUUGCAAGCUAAAACAGGACGUGGAGAGUAUCUUUUAUCACACGUUUAAAGUUCAUUCUAAAGUCACGUUUCAGUCAUACUCUACUGCACACGCACGUCUCUUGCUCAACCAAGUGUGUUGAACACACCUGGCAGUCUUUAAUGUGCUUUUCACAAACAUGGGAACUCUAAAGUUCAAAAGCCACCUUCACUAUUGUGUUUUUCGCCAUCAAUCAUAAUUACAAUCACAAGCAACAAACCUUGAAGUACAGAAACGCACAAAAAUAGAUUUAAAUCCACCAAUCACAAAUCACAAACGAUCACCUUUUGAACCCGUCGAAGUUGUUUCCUUAAAGGUCUGUUGAGAUGAUUGACAGAAGCACAAAACACAAUUGUGGAAAAUGUAGAAUUGUUGAAUGGAACUUUGUUAGAGAGCAUUACCCUGUGGGCCACAUUGCUGAACUAUGGAAAAUGCUUGCUACCCAUCAUAGCAAUGAGGUCCAAAAUUUAAUUAAGCUUUGUCGAGUCACACUUGUAUUGCCUACUGAUAUGGCUAGCUGUGAACAAGGUUUUAGCACACAGAAUUGAAUUAAGAAUGCUUUGAGAAACAGAUUGAAAGCUGAGAGGCUAGAUGUGUGCAUGACUAUUGACAUUGAGGGGCCACCUUUCAAGGACUUUGACAUUUCUACAGCCCUUGAUGUUUGGGCGAGAACCAACAGAAGAAUUAGUACAUGUACGUCUACUAGUAGUUAAGAAAGGAAUUGAAGUUUACAAGGGGAUGCCAGGACGAGAUUCUACUGUGUUACAAAGCAUAGUCAUUGAUCCUCUGUUUAAAUAUGAUGAGAGAAAAAAAGUCUUGACACCAAUAACUUAACUUUUCUUGUUUGUAUCACUUUUCUUGUAUUACAAGGAUCAGGUAAGAAAAAAAUGCUUUCGUUGACAGUAUGAAUGUGAAAAGAAAAAAAAAAGUUGAAUAAAAAUACAUUUGUCUGUCCCCCUAAAAAUAAAAAUGUCCCCCAAAAUUUUUGCUAAGGGGACAAAUUGUCCCCAAGUGAUCAAAUCCUAGCUCAAACCCUUCUCAUCCUAAUAUGAGCAGAAAUGCCCUAUUCGGGAAGCACUCCUGCAAAUGAUUUCUUAGAGUUGGUUAAUACUUUGCACAAUAAAGAUUAAUUAAAAAACAGAGUCAAUUUGAGAAUAUUUUUCAUAUUUUUGGUUUUUCAGUAUAUUGAGUGUGAUGUUUUCGGUGCUAAUUUAUUAUUAUUAAUAUUAGUUUGGGAAGUAAAGUAAGAGCUGUCACAUAAGAUAUUUGGCAUUUUUUAUUAUUUGUUUAUUCAUUAAAUUAUUUACUGUAUUUUUAAGGAGGAAGAAGCCAGAGGGUUUUUCAGACAGAUUGUUUCAGCAGUGGCUUACAUCCAUGACAGAGGAUAUGCUCAUCGAGAUCUUAAACCGGUGAGAUAAUCUUUUUUCUUUGAAAUGGGGAGAUUUAAAUUGGUAAGCUCUCAGACAAUUCUGUACAUGUAGUCAAUUUGUAAUCUUUGAAUAAGAUGUUAGGUUUUACAAAUAGUACAUGUUUAUUAAAUCAGUUGUGGGGUUUUUUUUCUAAUUUUUUUUUUUUUUCAUCCUGAUCUUGUGUGUUAUACUCAUUUAUUGUUUUUUUAGAGGGCACGGUAACGAAUCCUGCAAUCUGAUUGGUUCUUUACCCGGUCAGUAUUUUCCUAUCUCUGCCCAUGGGCCACAGUAACGCUUUCGUGAGUCGCCGAGUACAUCCCAACUUUCGUUGUCAUUUUUUCAUAAAUAUACCUCGUUUUCCGGCUGGGCAGUAUUUUAAAGCAAACAAGUCGGUCAUUACCUCAAGCCGAUAAAUAACUUAUAAAUCCUCUCUUUUCUCUCUCUCUCAAAUCACUUUGGUUGACAGAAAAAUAUUGGUUUCAGAAUGAAUUUGUAUAAACAAUAGUGUCAUUACAUUGGUUGACAAGCGGCCUAAAAACCGUCUGCAAUUAAUUUUAAUCAUUCACAAAAAGUACCCAGAAAGUUAAAACGUGAGGUAUUUGGUUACAGUUAAACUGAACUAUGGAACUUUCAUUAAUUUAAUAUCUGAAUUUUCUCGAGAAAAUUGUUAGUAGUGAAAGAGCGAGCAAAGUUUUAAUUUAAGUUCUACAACAAAUAUAGGCUCCCGGUGAGUCUUUCCAAUUCCGUUCAAUUUGGACAUUUGUACCGUAAAUUACACAACAGAAACUGAAGGAAUUUUUCGAGAAAAGGCCGCAUUAAAUUCCCUUGUGUCUCGUUGGAGCGUGCCGUUCGAAUUUAGUUUUUGUGAAGGAAAGACCAGAUUUACACACGCCAUUGCAGCAAACAAACGAGCAAACUCUCACAACUUCAAAAUAAAAAAAUUGAAUUUACUCACAAUUACUUUCCUCGCCGUUUACUUAAUGAACAGAGGUAAAUCUUCGUACAUGAAUGAAUCGUUGAUGAGAGUGAAUAAUACUUUCCGUUAGAUCGUUGACUGAUUUUGAAGAAAACAUUGUCGUGACAGUCCUUGCCAAACUAGUUCCGUUGUUUUUCAAAUGUUCUUGAUUUUUUUUUUUUUCUUACGCUCUCUAAUUGACAGGUGUCAGAUUCUGACAGAUACUUGUAAAAAUAAUGUUUCAUAGUUUGUUUGGAAGCCUUUUAAAUCACCUUUAUCGUUACGGAAAUGAAAAUGUUUCGCUGAGGAAUCUCUCUUUAAUUUGCAUCACCUCUAUUUUAACUACCAUUUACUCGCUCAAAAAUUGUUCAGUUUAUGGAAGAUCUUGCCGUAUUUACAGCCCUAAAUCAUUCGGGUUCUUUCAGAAAGAAUUUCAUCAAGUUUAAAAACAAUAAAUAUGUUAUUUACCGGCUAAGGGUCGGUCCGUAUGGUGAAAAACUGUGACCUCGGUCACAGUUUUUCACCAUACGGACCUCCCAGCCGGCAAAUAACAUAUAUGUAUUCUGACUGAAAUGGCAAGUAAAGAACUUAUCCAGUAACUUACAAGUUUUUGUAUUAUUGUUUGUUAUUCAGGAAAAUCUGCUUCUUGACGAGGAUCAGGUAAUACACAGGAGUUCCAUGAAAUAAAACUUUCUUAGAGUUCUAAAAUGAAAUACCUCAAGUUUUACCCUUACUUUGAAUAAUAGGAUUUUGAAUAAUCAGAGUGCGUGUGGUAAUUUAGCUAUUCCUAGAUCAUUUGAAAAAGAAGACCAAUAAAAAACAUGCCUUCUCUUAUACACACACAAGCAAAACAAUUUAUAUUGUGCACUAUUUUGAGAGCAUGAAUUUCUUCUUGAUCCAAGUUAUUGUUUUUCUUUGUGCAGAAUAUCAAGCUUAUUGACUUUGGUUUAGUUGCCAAACCAAGAGGUGGAAUGACUGAUCAUUUAGACACAUGUUGUGGAUCUCCCGCAUAUGCUGCUCCUGGUGGGUCAUUGUGCAUAAAUAUAGACAUAGUCUACCCCUUAGAGUACGAGUUACAGGUGGCAGUAGACUGCCACUAACUGGAUUUAGUUGAAAACCCUUCUUAAAGCAGCUGGAAGGCCCUGCUACAUGUAGUGCCUCUUUAUCAUAAGACCAGCUAUGAUUUGCAUGUUUUUCUCUAGAAUAAACAUACUUUGGGUUAAGUUUCCCUUGGUAAUUACAGUGUAACAUAAAGUUGGUUGGUGAGGCCCAAGAAAAUUAAAGAAACAAAACCAAACAAAAUGAAAAGCUGCACAUUAUACCAGAUCUACGUUUGUGUACAUGUACCUGUAAAUGCAAAUUACAUGUUAACUAGAAAAAAAUAUAUAUCACAGCAGUUUUUAAAGAAAUGUAGAUGAGACACAAGAGUUUAGAAUAACUGAAUAAUGUUCUCUGUGUCUAAAUAAAAAAGAAAAAAGAGAAAAAAAUAGCUCCAGCCAUCAAUCGAUAAUGCAUGUGUAGAUAAAGAAUGCCCUAAAUAUAAUUUACAUUGUAACUUCUUCAACCAUAUGGCAAAACUUUUCUUUGCAGAACUUAUAUCUGGCUUUCCUUAUCAUGGGAAUGAGGUAAGAGCAGCUUUUUUAAUGCAUAUUCUUCACUCAAUGAAUACCUGGGAUGGUUUGAUUAAUUUUCCUUUUGGUUUCCUCAAAGGUUGAUCUGUGGAGCAUGGGAGUGCUAUUGUAUGCUCUUCUUUGUGGCUUCUUGCCAUUUGAUGAUGAUAACACAUUUAAGCUGUACAAGCUCAUUCAGGUUUGGAAACCAUGAUUAUUAAUUUUAGACUUAGAGCUGUUUAAUUAAGGUUAAUUAAGUAUGAUAGAUGUUCAGUUUUAAAACCCAUAUUAGCUUUCUUUUUGUUAAAAUUGUAUUUUAAUUGAUUUUUCAGAAAGGAGAGUAUGAGGUUCCAGACUGGCUUUCACCAGGUAGUUAUGUAGGAUCUUUUCAUGGGCAAAUUCUUCUCCUUUGCACUUUGUCUUUGCAUGAUUUUACUUGGAGAUUUAAUAUGCAAAGGUUCUAGGACCUGUGGAGUCUAAAUCAGUUCAUUAUCCCAAAAAAGUGAGUCAUAAAUUGGACACCAGUCUUAUAGUGUUGUGAUUUUUUGCAUCUUAAUUACAGACCAUAUUGGACUCCACUAGGUCCAUUACCAUAUAACAGUCAGAAACGUAUAUAUUUGUUACAAUGUAUAUCAAGCAAGGGAAAAACUUCUGUUCCAUUUUUAAUGAAAGUAAUAAGUGACAGAUAGUUUUUUCAAAUUCUUUGGAAAUACUCUCUACUUUGCAACAAAGGGACUAUGGGAAUAUCUUUCCGAUGUUAUAAGUUACACUGUUUAGUGUACUAACAAGGCAGGUGAACUCAAAAGGAAAAAAAAAAGAGAUAACUGGAUAAUCUACAGUGGAAGAAUUGAUUGUUAACUAGUAAGUAAAUGUUAUGUGUAGAUGUUUAUCCUAUGCACCACAAAAAAGGGAAUAUACAUAUAAUCAUUAAGUGAUUCACCCCUGUCAGUAUUAAUAUGACUGGUUAACCCUAUAACUCCUGUGAGUGACCAAGACACAAUUUCUCCUUACAAUAUCAAUACAAUAUCAAGCAGACAAGCAACGAGAAUAAAGAAAAAUAUCAAUUCGGGGAUUAUAAGUUGAUCCAGUAGCAAAUUCUUAAAACUAACAUCACAGGAACUGUAUGGCAGACAGUAAGGAGAAUUACUUAUGAGAUCUUGGGAGUUAAAGGGUUAAGUAUUUCUUUUUUCAUCUUUUUACUUUUGCUUUGUUUUGGUUGUACAAUGUAUAUAGGAUAUUUAGCAAGUGUUUACUAGAGAUCUAAUACUUAUAUUUGUGUUAACAUCUUACAUGUACUUUUGGUUUUCAGGUAGUGCCAAAAUUUUGAGCCAGUUAUUACAGGUGAGUUCACCAUUUAAAAUCAUCAGCAAAUCUUAUAAAUGAUUUCAUCCACUUUACUUCUAUCAGUGCUGAAUAAAAUAAAAUGUGCUAGCAAUCUCAAUUGUUCAUGGCCUUUGAAUUAAAUAGCAGAGGUUGAGAAGUUAAGUUUGUGCUGUUUGACAUGUGUCCUAACAUUCUGCCAUAUUUAGCCUCUGUUGAAUUUUUAAAAAAAUUAAACCAUAAUUAUGAUAUUUAUUUAAUUUUAUACAGUAAUUGUAUAUACUGUAUAGAUUAGAAUCAACUUGUGGUUGGGGUUGCUUAAUUUACUUAACUAUCAACAAUUUGUUUGUUAUUGAUUUUUGUUUUGUUGCAAAAAUGUUGAGAAAAAAAAAAUUGGAAAUUUCUCUUCUUUUUCUCUUCAGGUUGAUCCCAAGAAAAGGGUCACUAUAAAGCAACUGUUAAACCAUGAAUGGAUGAUGAAAGGUUAUGCUGCACCUGUCAGAUGGAUAAGUCGCAUAAAGGUUUGUACUUUUCCAACAUUAAAAGCACAACUUCAGGUGAAAGUUGAAGGUGAACUGUAACUCUGUUAGUUUUACCUAAGCAUGGUUUGUUUUUUGUGCAGAAAACUUGCUCUGAACUUGAUUAAUCAGACAGAAAACUGAGAUCAAAGACAACCUGGUCAAGUAUAUUUUCCAGCAUUAAGACAUUUUUCUUGUUUUUUACUUUGAGCUUUCAUUGCUUUCUGUUUUGACUUGCCAUUGUGAUUACCCUGGGUUUCAGUUUUUCAAAGCUCAAAUUGAAAUGUGCUUUUGUAAAUUGAUUAACCGUUUGUUAUUGUGUAUUUACAUAACACAGUUUCUACUGUAGCAAAGACUUUCAGUUAAAACUAUGAAUGUAAUUUGUCUAUAGAAAGAUAAACCUGACCAUGAUGUUGUUCAAGAACUUGCAUCAUAUUAUGACAUGCCUGUGGAUUCCCUGUUGAAGAAUUUAUUGGAGGUACAUUUAAAAGUAAAUUGUCUUCUCAUGCAUAUGUAUGCGUGUUAGCAGAAAUUGCUUUUUAACCCUUUACACCCAACAUCAGUAUGCAUAUUCUCCAUACUGUUCUCUAUACAUUCCUAAAGUGCUGACAAGGAGAAUUUGUUUAACAAUCAAGAGCUUCUUUAGUUGGUGAUCAUUUCUCUUAUUCUCAUGACCUCAGUUUUUGAUUCAGGGGUGAUAUUAUUAGGAGAAAUUAGAUGCUAGGCACUCUCAGGGGUUAAAGGGCUACAGGUGUUAACUUCAAGUUAUUUAUGAAGGUGCUGUUUUGUUUUUAGUGGAAGUACGAUGAAAUGACUGCCUUGUAUUUCCUGCUCUGUAAGAAGAAAAGCAAGGGUCAAUUGCAAGAACUACUGCCGAGAAACUCCAAGUAAGAGGCUUGUGAAAUGUAACUGAAAUUGUAAAGAGUAAUAUUGAGCAUUAAGAAUUCAAUUUCAAAGUUGUAAAAUUGUUUUUUUUUUUUUUUAAUUAUUUUUUAAUUAACAGAUGUGUUUAUAGAAUUACUAUUUUUCUGCAGGGCCAAGACACGAAAGAGGCUUGAGAGUAAAGAAAAUGAGGUACAGUUCAAAGCAAGCAUGCUUGUGUCAUUGGAUAAGAAACAAAUAAACAAAAGAGAUAAAAACAACAACAGCAGGAAACUACGGCUUUUAAUGGUCUAAUGAUUAUCAGAUAUUGUUUCAAGUGGCUGUUAAUGGAGUUGUGAACCAAGGAAUGUUUGACUGUAGAAUGUACUGAUUAGAGAUAGUUGAGGUGAUCUUCAAAAUGUUUUUUCUUAGCAUCCCAAUGUACUCAAGAAAGAAAACACAGAAUACAUUCUCCCCCCACCCAAACCAGUGCCUUACUCUGAGCAUCAGGCCAGAAAGUCCAAAGUUAACAAGGCGGAACCUGGCAUGGAGCCUACAACAAGGAAGACCAGAGCUGGGACCUUACCUUCCAGUGUUCCCUCGACACCUACCAAGAAGGAAGCCACAGAGAUGCCUCCACCGUUAGCUCCAAUUACCCCACGCGUCAAGAAAACACCUGCAAGAGGUAUACAUGAAUGUCCAAAUGCUCAAGACAAGUGAAACGUUCUGUCGCUCUUGCACGCCAAUUUUAAAAGCUCUGGAAUUGUUUUAAAGCUGCGAGAGGGUUUGCGGUGCCUUUUAUCAGAGAACGCCCGAGUCUUGUGAAAAUUGUACCAGAGAUAUACAUAGAACGUUUUGCUGUAUAGAAAAGAGAUCGUGCGUCAAGUGUUAUGAUUCUUCUUUUAAGAAUGAAGUCACUUUCUCGAUUAAUUCUUUGGUCCGUUUGAAACUUAAGUUUUGAGUCGCGAUUGUCAGUUGACAACGUUUCUUUACAUGCAUGAAUACACUGAACUUCCAGAAAACCAAUCUGAAAAGGCCCCUUUCUUUAUACCAACGCAGAAUGGCAAGAGCUCUUGUUAAGGUGUAUACGCUUUCUCUGCCGGCGUGAGAUAUGUGUUUUUAGGGAAGGCAAAGCAGAAAGUUUUAAAAAAUCCGAAAUUUCUUUGUCUUCCUUAUAACUCUGUGCGUUGUGUUGUUUAACCUUUGUUUAUUUUGUUUGUCGUUUUAAAGGUGCUGCAGCAGAUAUACCCAUGUCACACUCAGAUUAUGAUUUUGGUAACAACAACUUAACACCAAUAUCUCAGUCAAAAAUGUAAGUCCGUUAUUCAAGGUAUUACAGUUUUGUUUUUGGCAAUUUUUAUUGAAACUAAAUCGUUGGAAAUUUUCAUGCACUAAGGUAGGAGAUGGAUAUUACAUUGAUUUCACUUUGAGUGGAGUGCUCAAGCUUGAAUGUAUUUCAGAAGGCGGUUUCCUUUGAGAAGUGAUAUGAGGGAGGGAGGGGGAAGAUCAGCUUCUUCGUGAGGCCAGCGAAACUUCUAUCGCAAGCUGUAUAAGUGAAAGGAAUGAAAACUGAUAGAAACAUUAAUUACCGUGCAUGUAGGUGGUCACAAUCACUGGACACAAACUUGGAUAAAGCCACGUCCAGAAGAACGCCAUUCAAGUCUCCAUUCACUAUUGGAAGGAAGAGAUUCGGUUCAGUGGACACACCCUCUAGUGCCAGCAAAUGGAGCUCAAGGGUUGGUAUUCUGUAAGAAAAGUUUAGGAGAGAGGUUGCAUGCAAGUAAAUUGUUUAUCUUGUUCUAGGCAGUGCUAUACUAAAGGUACUCACAAUGGUUGAGUAGCGUCAGUUCUGGCUCUAUGGAUUUCAAGUUGAGAGUAGUUUGUUAGAUUCUGGCGUGCCCCUUUGGGAAUUUCUGUUGCGAGCGAAUGAAUUUUUAAAAAAGUGCUGACUGAUGUUUUCAUUAAUUUUCUCUUGGAGGAACAACUAUUGCAUCGACAGUUUUAUAUUAGCGAUUAUUGCCUAAUCUUUCCGGUGAAGUCAGUAACAUUAACCUGUGCGAUGCAAUCAUGUUCACAUUUAUGGGUGUAAGAAAUUUCAAUUGUAACUCCACAGAGAACAUUUUUGGUAACUCUGAAGGAAAGAAAUCUGAAGUAAAGAAAUUUCACCUACGUGCACCUCCAUAGGGACAAUUUAUGGUAACUUUGAAGUCUUACUAGCUGUCUUUCGCUCUGUAGGGCAUUAUGGGCAGUAUUGAAGAUAGUCUGAACAGAAUUGUGGAGGCAAUCACACCGAGAGGUCUUGGGGGGCAUGGACCGAGAAAGGUUAAGGUAAGUUUGCUUCCUCAGGAACAACUGAGCACGUGCACGAAAAGGAAUCGUUUGUACCCGUUGAGCUUCGAAGUGCGUCCUAAUUUUUCAGAAAUGCAUUUUUUGCACCUCGAAAAGUUUAAAGGCUUAAGUGUACUCAAAUUUCUAAAGUACCAGGAGCUAAGGAAAUUCAAACUAAUGUAAGAUCUUAUACAAGUUUAUCACAGUUGUUAUACUUUUAAUCUUUUCGAUCGAUAUUUAGACUAACUCAGACCUCUAGAACUUUUAAAACCCCAUGUCUUUCAUAGGGACUUACCAUGUUGAGUGAAUAGUCACGUGAUAAAGUCUCGUAAAAAGAUCGAUUACAAAACGAUUUGAGAGAGCUGUACUCAGGAACCCAAGUAUCAAAUAAAGAGCAGUGUAAACAUUACGUAACUACGCAAACUGAAGUUUCGCUUUGUGUGUAGGAAUUGUCAUAGUUAUGUUGUUAUUCGUUGAAUGAACCUUUAUUCGUGUACACGCUUUUUCUCCUGACAGGCUCUGUAUAACGUGUCUUCAACUUCGACCAGAAGCUCAGAUGAAGUUCUCGACGAGCUAAAACGAGUUCUGGAAGGAAGAGACAUCCUCUUCAAAGAAAAAGGGUGUGUAUAUGAGGUCCUCUCGCUAUCUGAGUGCUCAAUGAUCCAAAUGUAAAAAAUAGAUAGAAAUGGUUGUCGAAAGUUAUCUGGAAUGACGCUCUGAAUUGGCCCAAAAGAACUCACGCCUUUCUCAAAACAAGGUAGAUGUACAGUAAAUUAGUGUUAACAACUCGUUGAAAACCGUAAAUUGGCCACCGUAAAGGGAAAAAAAGCUGAUCGCUCUGACGAAGGGCUAACGCUCGAAACAUCAGCUUUUUUACCCUUUAUGGUGACCAAUUUACGUUUCCAACUCAGUUGUUAACACUAAAUUACCUGCUACAUUCUCCCACCGGCGCAGCACCACAGUUUCUUUAGAAACUUGCCCCCUUUAUUUAGAUGUAUAGUAAGACUCGCACCGGACGAGACCGAGUUCUUAGCGUUUUCUCGCGCACGAGGCAUGUUAUGUUUUCGUUUGCCCUGGGACUCUAUGGCUCUAGUUUUGCAACGCGAGGUCGAAAAGUUCUAUAUAUCGCUCUAUAAUUUCCGUUUUUUUCCCUCUCCUCUGUGCAGGUAUACUCUCCGAUGCAAAUCAAUAGACGAAAGAGGAAAAGUCCUCCUCGAAUUCGAAAUGGAAGUUUGUCUUAUUCCCAAAAUGGAAAUGAUAGGUAUGUAAUCACAAAUCCUCCUUUCACAUUAUGAACAGCAGCAAUGUACAUGUAUGAUCGAUUAUUACAUCAUCUUUGCCGCUUCGCUCGCCCAACCGAAAAUCUUAAUUCACAUACAUGGGGAUUUCGUAGAUCGCAAGCGAAUGUCUUCGAGUAAAGUUAAGUUUUAAAUUUGACAUUGUAAUCAUUUUCGAAACACAUAAAAUUACUUAAUUUUGAAGGUCAAUUUUAUCGUGAAGUGAAGUAUAUGUAGUAAGUUCCUCUUGGAAACAGUAUUUGUAGGUAAGUUAUGAAGUGAGGAGAACGUUAUGAGAAAUCUUCACUUUGAAUGUUUCAAGUCUUGCAUUGAACACCGAUUGAGAAUGCUUUUGUAUUAAUCACAUGCAGGUAUACGCCGAAAGCGUAUGAAGGGCGACACUUGGGCUUACAAAAAAAUCUGCGAAGAACUCUUGUCUUCAGCGAAGCUCUGAAAACCCACUGCAGUGAGCUGUGGUUGAAGGAGUCCUGGAAACGGUGGAUUGGAAUGGAAAUUAGCCACAAAAUUAAAUUUUGCUAUCGUGUUUCAUUUGAUGACACACUAUGGUUUGCCACUGUAAAUAAUAGUAUUUUACAGUUUUAGUAUUUGCUACUAUGGAAUCAAUAUCAAUAUUUUCAUGGUGAACUUUCGGCUGUAAAUGAUUAUCAUUGGUGGUUCCCUGAAGCGAAUAGCUGCAGUUGGAAAAGUCAUGCAGAGUUUUGGUUGAAUAUGUGUAUCAGUCGAGAUUAUGAAUUAGUCUUAUUGUAAAUACACGUUACAGUUAGCUGUAAGGGAGAACUACAUUACUGAAUGACAGCUGAGUGACAAACGAUUGAAGUUGGACUUUAGGAAUUGGUGGGGGUAGGCUAAAAGAGCUUUCCAUUUGUCCCCAUAAUAGAAUUCACCUUUUGCACACGCGGCGUUAAAAGUCUCGGGUAUGUCUCCUCAUUUCGGGCGAUGUUCAGUCUGGUUAUCUAAAUACAUGAAUGGGAGAUAAAUCUCAACAUGAUGGCCAUCAUGUGAGUCAAAGGUGCUCAGGGUUUGAGAAACGCUUCUUCCCCUAAAAAAGACUGCUCUCUGUGCACCUUAGCAACCCGACCACGAUAAUAACGUCGCGUAGUUGCCAACUUCCCUCUGCGCACCCUUAGCAACACGCGCUGGUUUCACAGACCC